UUGCAUUUUUAACACACAGGACAUCACCAUGGUAACCGUCUCAGUCCUGCUCCUCCUGCUCUCAGUCUUUUCUCCUCCAGUCCACAACAACCUCACUACCUUCCAUGUGAUUCCUGUUCUUAUGAAUCAGACUGAUGCUCGGGCAGCUUGCAGAGGAAAUUACACCGACCUCGUCACUGUGUACUCUGAUGAAGACAACACUGAACUGGAUAACCUGAUGAUGAAGGCUGGUGGUGGAUCAUGGAGAUGGGCUGGGGGAUGGAUCGGUCUCUAUCGCGGUCAGUUCAGUGAGAAAUGGUCUAAUGGUGAUCCUGUAACAUUCAGUAAUCUGACAGGGGAUUGUGGGACAUCGAGCUGCUGUGCUGCUAUGAAGCCUGAUGGUUCAUGGGAAAGUCUUCAGUGCACAGGGACAAGAUACUUCAUGUGCUAUGGACAAGGUGACAUUAAAGCUAAACCUAAUUAUCAUCUAAUCCUUGAGAAUAAGACCUGGUAUGAAGCUCAGCGUUACUGCAGGGGGCGCUACACUGACCUGGUCAGCAUCAGAGAUCAGCAGCAAAAUGAAGAGGUGAAGAUUAAAGGGUUAAACAGCAGCACGUCCUUCUGGAUCGGCCUGCUGCGUGAUGACUGGCAGUGGACUGAUGGAGGGAACUCUGCUUACAGGAACUGGGGGAGUUAUCAACCUCAGCCAUCACCAUACGACUGUGUAUAUCUGAUGGGAGGGACAUGGUACUCAGCGCCAUGCAGUAAUACACAAUACCCUCUGUGUUACAACAGCUCCAUCCAUGUGAGUGCUGAGGCUCUGAGCUGGCAGGAAGCGCUGGGUUACUGUAAUGAAGGGAACAGGGCUGGAAUUCUCAACAUCGAUUCUGAAGCUGAACAGGAAGAGGUGGAGUCUGAGCUCAGGAGGAGGCGUGUCUCUGAGACACUGUGGGUGGGGCUUAGACAGAGCCGUCUGUUUGGGUUCUGGUUUUGGACCGAUGGGACGAUUGUGUCUCCAGACGCCAACUGGGAUGAAGGGAAACCUCCCGAGGGUCCGCUCUCUCAGCACUGCGGCGCCAUCGUUCCUCCAGACUACAGAUGGAGAGAUAUGAACUGUGGGGCUCGAUACAGAGCGCUGUGUCACACGUGUUCUCCAUGAACCCAUACAUUCACUUUACUCCCACACUUCACCCUAAACAGAACUAAAUCACAUCUGAAAUCAUGUUUAAUAGCAAUGUUUAUUUUAACAUUUCAAAUGAUUUGCUUCUGCUUAAGGAGUCACUUCAUAAUAAACUUAAGAUUCUCAAUACA